CAUUCUACCACUGAAGGAUAUCUUGCUUAAUGCUGGACUCAGUGACCUUUGAGGAUGUGGCUGUGAACUUCUCCCUGGAGGAGUGGGCUUUACUGGAUCUUUCGCAGAAGAAGCUUUACAGAGAUGUGAUGCAGGAAACCUUUAGGAACCUGGCCUCAGUAGGAGAAAAAUGGGACAGUCAUAACAUAGAAGAUUGGAACAAAACCCAGGGGAGAAAACUAAGAAGUCAUAUGGUAGAAAAACUCUCUGAAAGCAAAGAAGGUGGUCAACACGGAGAAACCGUCAGCCAGAUCCCAAAUCUUAAUCUGAACAAGAAAACUCCUUCUGAAGUAAAACCAUGUGAAUGUAAUGUGUGUGGGAAAGUCUUCACGCGUCCUUCAUUCCUUAAUAGGCACAUCAGAUCUCACACUGGACACAAACCAUAUGAGUAUCACGAAUAUGAGGAGAAGCCAUAUAAAUGUAAGGAGUGUGGGAAAGCGUUCAGUCACCACAAAUCUGUUCACAGACAUGAAAGGACUCACACUGGAGAGAAACCGUAUGAAUGUAAGGAAUGUGGGAAAGCCUUCACAUGGCUCACAACCUUUCGAAGACACAUGAUAAUGCACACCGGAGAUGGACCCUAUAAGUGUAAGGAAUGUGGGAAAGCCUUUAGUUGUUCCACUUCGUUUCGAGCACAUGAAAGAACUCACACUGGGGAGAAACCAUAUGUGUGUAAACAGUGUGGCAAAUCCCUCAGGUCUCCUCUAGGUUUGCGAAUACACGAAAGAAAUCACACUGGAGAAAAGCCCUAUGAAUGUAAGCAGUGCGGUAAAGCCCUCAGUUGCCCCAGUUCCUUUCGAAGACACGAAAGGACUCAUAGUGCAGAGAAACAAUAUGAAUGUAAACAGUGUGAGAAAACCUUCAGUUCUCCUCUAGGUUUGCGAAUACAUGAAAGAAUUCACACUGGAGAGAAACCCUAUGAAUGUAAGGAAUGUGGGAAAGCCUUCAUUUCUCAUUCAAGCAUUCGAACACACAUGAUAACUCACACUGGAGAUGGACCUUAUAAAUGCAAGGAAUGUGGGAAAGCAUUCAUCUGUCCCAGUUCAUUUCGAUCACAUGAAAGGACUCACACUGGAGAGAAGCCAUACGAAUGUAAACAAUGUGGCAAAACUUUCAGUUGGCCCAGUUCCUUUCGAAUACAUGAAAGAACUCAUACUGGAGAGAAGCCCUAUGAAUGUACAGAAUGUGGGAAGACAUUCAUUUAUCGCACAACCUUUCAAGGACACAUGCGAAAGCACACUGGAGAGAAACCCUAUAAAUGCAAAGAAUGUGGGAAAGCUUUCAUUUCUCCCUCAAGUGUUCGAACACACAUGAUAACGCACACUGGAGAUGGACCCUAUAAGUGUAAAGAGUGUGGGAAAGCCUUCAGCUUCCCCAGUUCGUUUCGGAUACACGAAAGGACCCACACUGGAGAGAAGCCCUAUGCGUGUAAACAGUGUGGUAGGGCCUUUAGUUGUUACACAUCCUUUCGAACACAUGAAAAAACUCACACUGGAGAGAAACCCUAUGAGUGUAAGGAAUGCGGGAAAGCCUUCAUUUAUCGCACUACCUUUCGAGGACACGUGAGAAUGCACACUGGCGAGAAACCAUACAAAUGUAAAGAAUGUGGGAAAGCCUUCAGUCGUCCCAAUUCCUUUCGAAGGCAUGUACGGUCUCAUACUGAAUAGAAACCUCUUGAACGUAAGCAGUGUGGGGAAACCAGUUGGCCUUCAUUUUCACAUAUGGAAACUCCUACUGGAAAGAAAUCUUAUAUAAGAUAUACGAGAACACUGUAUAAUGUUCUAGAAAACAAUGGCGUGAAAGAAUAAUUGUAAAAGUUAUAAACCUAUUGUCAUAAACUCAAAGAAUAAUUUUGAGUUAUAUUGUCUCAUUAUGAGUGCCUCAUUCUUAAAGCAGAUCUGUCAACUGUGGAUAUUUACUACUUACCUUCAAAAAUGAACCUUGAGGUGAGAUAAUUCUGUAAGCACUCUAGGCAACACUGUGUAAGAUUACAGGUAUUGUUUUGUUCUUAAAUCAGUUAACUUUUUUUUUUUUCCUGUUUAGGAGCUUGUUUGAUCCAGGGUUGAAUUGACAUGUAUUUCUAAUAUGCAAGUUGUUUAAUUUUUACAUUUUGAUUGUCCUGUAAGUGUGGGGCUGUUGAUACAUGACGUUUUGGUAUCUGUUGGGGUUUUCCUGUUGGCCUCCUGUAGUGCUGGGUACUGGCUAUCCCUCACCCGUUGUAUCUUCCAUCUUUCUUAUGAAAAAACCUACCAUUGGCCAGAAGAGCCUCAUUCUGUUUUCCUUGCUAGUAAAAGAUGGCAUAAAGUUGUAAAUAUGCAAAGUUUGUCAUAGAGUAUAGUCUCAUGUGAAUUAUUACCAUCUUUUGCCCUUUGCUCUUUGUCAUUUCUUCUGGCUGGGAUUUGAAUGAGACUUUGCAUUAAGACAGACCUGUCACUGGACAAUAAAAUGUAGAAGAUGAAGAUGGCUCUCCUAAAUUGUUUUGUCACCUGGGUAGUGU